AUGGUUCGCAUUUGGUAUAUGGACGAUAAUCUCGAUGAUCCUCAAAGUGAACAUAUUGAAAGAGAAAUAGAUACUCAAGAAAUGUGUGAUCGAACAGGCGUAGAAUACUGGUAUUUCCAUCCGGAUCAUCUUCAAUCUGAACAUUCAUCAUUGGAAAAAUUAAAAAAUGAUCGACAUUAUACAUAUGAAGAUGAGAUAGUAGUACAACCAACAAUGGAAAAUUAUGAAACAAAAUUAAAAACAUUUUUCAAAGAACAUCUUCAUUCGGAUGAGGAAAUAAGAUUGGUUCUCGAAGGUUCUGGUUAUUUUGACUGUCGAGACUAUAAUGAUCGAUGGAUUCGAAUCAAUGUAUUUCCUGGUGAUUUAAUUAUUUUACCCGCAGGCAUGUAUCAUCGUUUCAUUCCUGAUAAAAAUAACUUUAUACGAGCUAAACGUUUUUUCGUUGGUGAACCGAUUUGGGUGCCGAUAAACCGUCCGGCUGAUGAUCAUCCUGCUCGAAAAUCAUAUUUGGAAGAAAAAGUGGUUCGGUAUCAUAACGGUAAUCAAACACUUGCUGCCGGUCAUUAA